GGAGGAGGAGGAGGAGGAGGAGGAGGAGGAGGAGGAGGAGGAGGCGGGUCUUUUGGCUGCCCCCGCGAGCAGAGGCAGCGAUGGCGCCCCGCGUUCUCUCCGCGAGGGCCCUCCCUCCGCGGGCGUGGCCUCGUCGGCCGCCCGCAGCGUCGCGGGAGGCCUCGCGUUGCACCGCGCCCCGGCGCCGCCCGCGGGGAUACACAGUGCGGGGGGCCAGAGGGCAGCGCAGCUGGAAGAGGAAGCCGAGGCCUGCGCCCUCGCUCGGAGAGGGGGUGGGAGGAUGGGGGAGGGCAGGGCGGAAGGAGAGAGGAGAAAGGGUGGGACUGGAGGGAUCUCAGCCUCUGUAGGCGUCUGAGGCGACGGAGCAAGCCUGCAUCAAAAACAAAUGCUCAACUGGCCUUGGCCUACUGCUUCGCAAGCCUGGGGCUCUGAUAUGGAGGGUGCGCAGCAUUCACGACUCGUUCCGGGGGUGCCUCCAGCACCAAAGCUCAAGCCCUUCAGCAGCUCUCGCGCACCUCGCUCUACGACUGGCUCGAGGGAUGCAAUGGAACUGCUGGAGCUCGAACUUGACCAGACCCGUCGGAGAUCAUGCGUAAAAAACAGAAAUAUCCGGAUGGCCUCACAUCGCGGAAAAUCCCCCCUCUGCCGCGAUGCUGGCUAGGUGGUACCCCCUGCUGGACACCAGGAGUCCAGAAAAGUGGGUGGACCACCUCGGAAAAACAGCCAGAGGUGGCGCGGACGAGGCAGCGUCGUGGACGCCGAGCCACGGAGCGGCGCGCUGGAGGCGCAGGAGGCGCGGGCUGGAGAGAGGCCACCCUGCAGGACGACCAUCACAACGGCCCUCCCAUCCCGCGCCCGGCCACCCGCGCGUCCGGCCUCCCCUGCUCACCGGCAGCAGGUUGCUCGAGUCGCACCGUCGCGCUCCACACGUGCGGCCCUCGUCGAGCUCUCGCGCACUCCAGGCUGCCGCGGUCGCGCCUCAGCCCGGGAGCACGUCGUCCGGCGGCCAGGGGCGGGCUCGGAGGCCCGCAGCAAGGAGCAGGCUGCGCGCCCGGAGGAGCCGGACGCCGGGACGAGACGGGAGUGGCCAUGACAGCCGAUAUGUGAGGCAGUGUACUGAUGCCGCCUCACCGGCAUGCCAUGCCCCCGUGAGGCCACAGCGCCUGGCAUGAUAUGUACAACGCGUUCAAAGCCUCCCGUCCGCAGAGGGCCGAGCACGCUCCCUCUCCAGCCGCGCGGCCAAACUACCGCGGGAGCAGAGCGAUCUUCGAGCAGCGGCGGCUGUUGCCUCACAUGCGGGCACUACUUAUAUCCAUAUCCAGAGCGUCGUGGACUUUUUGGGAAGAGGUGCCGCAACGCCGAGGCGCACUGGAUAUGGAUAAAAACAAGCCUCUUGGGGCCAGAUUUUUAUCCAUAUCCAGUGCGUCUACGUUUUCUGGGGAAGAGAGCCCAAGAAUCCAAGACGCACUGGAUGUGGAUAUAACUAUUGCCCGCCUCACACGCGCGCGCGGUCUCGCCAAAAGCUACAAGGAGGGUCGUGCCGGCAGGUCUGCGUACACGCGGACGGACAGGUACGCUGGCGGGUCCGUCACCCGAGUCUGAAACCCCAAAUAAGAAUGGUGGAGGGCGGGCUGUAGCGGGCAUCAAGAGAUGCGCCUUUUGUGCUACUGUCUGGCUGGCAACACGCUGCCCGACACUAAUGCUACCUUACCGCUGGCCUCACGCGCCCUUCGCCGCAUCUGGCGCAGCGCCAACCAUGCCCGUGUUGACGGCCUUCAGAAGGAUAUCUCGAUAAAGCUCGUACUCACGAGGUUCCACGCAGAGCUUGAAGUCAACGAGACCUAGAAACUGCCUCUCCAGAUAAUUCAGCUCGGUCAGCGAGACGCCGCCAACCUGGCUGUAGAACUUGUUGCUGAAGUACGUGUCGUCAUAGAACUUGAUGGCGACCACAAUGCUAGUCAGCACGAGGCGAUGGCAAGUCAAAGGGCUGACCGCGAUCCACCGGUGCCGCUUGAUCAGGCGGUCGAGGUACACCAGGCUCAGGACAACGCAUC